CGGAUAGCGUCCUCCGGUCGGUUAUUUUUGGCUGUGUUGACAAGAUCACUUUGUGUUAACUUUCUGCGUUCAUUGGAAGUAUUUCGUGGAAAUUGAGCUACAAUUCAGUUUCAUUUCCGAUUCUGAAAUUUCCGACCAGAAAUACUUGUAUUUCAUCGCUUGGUUUCUGCGAUCUUGCUAUCGCCACUUUCUUCGUCAAUUGGCCGCCAUCUUGUUUUCGGAUUAUUCGCAAUGCCGAAGCAGUCAUCCUGUGGUACUUGCUCCAAACUAGUCGGAUACCGUGCAAAUGCCCUCACGUGUGCAUUUUGCCAAGUUAAAUACCAUAUUUCAUGUGUUGGAUUAUCAGUUGAGCAUUUUCAUCGUCUUCGCGAGAUCCAACACGAUUUCGUCCAAACUAUAUGUGAAAAUUGCCGAAAUCAGAUACAGCCAGAAAGAGUAAAGCCGACGUGUAGUCCUCAGCGUUUCGUUGCGAACAGCUCCGUGUGUUUGGCCCAACAACCUAGCGCGAAGAGCCUUCAGAUUUCGGCUCAGUCGUCCUCCUCUACCCGUGCAAACUCACUGACACCAAGUCCAACCGUUGUGAGAAGCCCAGUUGCACCUGGGCUAAAUUGUUUACCUUUGUUGUGUCCACCGGACACUGAUGUCCCAGCAGGUGAAAGUCUGAGUGCUGAAGACCAGUGGAAAGAUCAGAGGACGAAAUUACGAAGGAACGUUGGGCGUUUACGUUCUGUAAGUCAACGGUUAGCCAAACCACUUGAGGCUGGUAGUAUACUUCGCCCUGCAAGGCCAACCUCGUCCGACCAGAGGCGUUAUAAUCUCGUGAUCUUUCACGCACCGGAGUCCAGUGAUCCAUCACCCCAAGUGCGCUACGAUCACGAUGUCGAGUUUUUACAGGGUCUAAUUGAUAGACUCCUCGACGCUGGUGAGGACUCAGUAAAAGUGAGGCAGAUUACCCGUCUUGGAAAGCAAGGUGAUCAACAAAAUCGGCCUAUGAGAAUCACUUUUGUGGACGAAGCCAGUCCAAGACUUAUCAUGUCUCGCCUAAGUAGGCUGAAAGGUUUGAAGAUCCAUGUUCGUCCCGACCUGGACCCAGUAGACAGGGAGCGGCUCAAGUCUGCCAUCAUUGAGUUGAAAAGACGCACUGGUGAGGGGGAAACAAAUCUUCGUAUCGUAAAUUUUCGGGUGGUUUCCAACAAUCCGCGAAUCAGGAUAAACAGGCUGCUCACACUUCAAGCACGCCCGGUGGCUCCUGCUGCGGCCUGCGAGUAGCGUUCACAAACGUUUGCAGUAUUAUGAAUAAGCGCGAUGAGCUUUGUUGUUUCGUUGCGUCUGAGCGGCCAGACGUAGUGGGACUCGCAGAGACAUGGCUGCAUGCAGAGUUAUACACCCAAGAACUUGAACUCAACGGUUACUCGUGUUUCCGAUGCGAUAGACUAAAGAAUGCCCACGGUGGUGUCUUACUUUACAUCCGGUCUUCCCUGCGUGGGAGACUUGUGAGCACCUACCGAAGUGACGAUGGCCUGUGUGAGCUACUGUGGUGCUCCAUCCGCCUCAGGCGCGGAGAACUGCUUGUGGGCGCAGUUUAUCGCAGUCCCCUGAGUCGUUGUUUGGAUUGGCUGCCCCAUCUUCGGACCCACAUGAGUCGUCCACACUUUCUGCUUAUGGGCGAUUUUAACUGUCCUCGAAUACGAUGGCCUGAUGUGCAUUUGAUGCCUGGACAUAGUGAGGUUGAAGCAAAGUUCGUGGAUUUGGUACUUGAAACUGGUGCAUCGCAACACAUAUGCCAGCCAACACGCAUAUCAACACGUUCAACCUCGUCCUGUCUCGACCUGAUGUUAACGAGCUACGAACAACGAGUGCGUGACGUUAGGAUUCUGGAGCCCCUGGCUACGAGCGACCACUCAGUACUGAUAGCUGAUAUGGAAUUAUCUUUGCCGUAUUCACAUCCGCUGCAACCAGCUCCCAACUACUGGAAAACCGACUUCGAUGGUCUUGCUCGAGCCGCGAGCCAACUGGAUUGGUCUCUGUCACAAACUGCAUCUGUGGAAGAUUGUUGGAUAUUUAUAAAAGAGAGAUUGACAUCAUUGUGUUCCAAAUUUGUGCCAUUGAAAUGUCGAAAGGUUGGACCGAUUAAGCCUCAUUGGUUUGAUAAGGAGUAUGGAAACCUGGCUCGGAGGCGGCGCAGACUGUGGGACAAAUUCCUUCUCUCUGGCUCUGCCAAUGAUUACGAAGGGUAUAAAUGUCAGCGGAAUCUCUGCAACAGUGCAAAAAAGAAUAAACGCCGACACUUUGAAGAGCAGCUCGCAUUAGCCGCGAAGACCGCCCCAAAGAGAAUCUUUGCAUACGUGAAGCGACGCCUGAAGCCGGCGGGUGAUGUGCCAGUGCUGGAUGGCACGGAUGGACAGCCCCUAACCUCCAGCACUGAGCGUGCGUCCGCGUUGGCGGCGCACUUCGCUUCUGUAUUUGCAAAUAACCAGGUGUCUGUUCCGAGUUCGACGUGUACCGCUUUUACCGAACUCGAUAGUCUGCAUUGCGGCGUCGAAGAGGUAGCUCAACUACUCGCCAACCUUGACGGCACCAAACCUGCCGGACCUGAUGGGCUUCACCCACUGGUUCUCAAGUCACUUUCAACCAUCCUCUCUCCUAUCGUGACUGACCUUUUCAACAGGUCGCUGUCCGAAGGUUUGUUGCCGGUUGACUGGAAAUGUGCGGUGGUGAAGCCUAUUCCGAAAGGCGGCGACCCUAGCAAAGUAGACAAUUACAGGCCAAUUUGUCUGACACCUAUAUUGGCAAAGGUUGCUGAGAAAAUCGUGAAGAAGAGAUUGCUGCAGUUGCUACAGUCAAACGAGGUCCUGACGCCCGCACAGCACGGUUUUAUGCAAGGUCGCUCAUGCAUUACAAACCUGCUUGUGACGAGGCAUGAGUGGUUGAAGGCAAUAAACAAGGGGAAGUCCGUCGACGUGAUAUUCAUCGAUUUCAGUAAAGCGUUCGACAAGGUCAGUCAUGAGGUUCUCCUUCACAAACUCAGCAUGUGUGGCGUCGGUGGCUCACUGCACCGGUGGAUCCGCGACUUUCUUGUUGGACGAAAGUGGAGGGUACAGGUCGACGACCAUCUAACUGACUGGUACCCCUCUACAAGUGGCGUGCCUCAAGGCACUGUGCUGGGGCCCACUUUGUUCCUGAUCCACAUCAACGAUCUACCGCAGCGUCUCCGGUCGCCGUGUGCCUUGUUUGCGGACGACAUGAAGAUUUGGAGAGAAAUCGACGCUCCCGACGACUGUGGCCUACUUCAGCAAGAUCUCAACCGCUUAUCCACAUGGUCUGCAGAAGUUCUUCUCCCGGUCAACCCAGCCAAGUCGGUAUUUAUGAGCCUGGGGAAGGGUGCAGACGGCCGAACCUACACCCUUGACGGCCAAACGCUAUAUCCCACACCCUCCGUGAAGGACCUAGGUGUACUCUCACGCUACGAUUUGAAGUCCGUGGACAACACGAACAGCCUAUAUCGGAACGGACUGCGCAUGCUUUGGGCGCUCAAACGUAGCUUCUGCACAUGGUCUGAAGAGGUUGCCACUCGCCUGUUCUCUUCUAUCAUUAGACCAAUGCUAGAGUACGGUUCGCCCGCCUACUUUCCGAUUACCCGAGGCGAGGCACAAAAGAUCGAACGGGUCCAACACGUUGUUACCAGGCUGAUCCCGAGUUUACGUGGCUUUGGGUAUGAAGACCGGUGCGAGAAACUAGGACUCUACACCUUGUCCUACCGUCGGGUACGAGUCGACCUCAUUAUGACCUACCGAAUUCUACAUCUCGGUGAGUUCCCCAUGUUAAGGCCAAUGCUGCACUUACGAGGGCCAUGCAGCACACGCGGACACAGAUACAAACUUGUUGUGCCGGAUAUGAAACGUGUUCCCCACCCACUGUGCUUCGAACGGAGAGUGGUAAACAUUUGGAAUAGUUUGCCCGAACAUGUGAUUGAGGCAACAUCUGUGCAACAGUUCAAAACGUUGUUAGAUUUGCAUUUUGCCUCUAUUCGAUUCAGAGAACGACUGCAUACUUACGAUGACAUAUCACAUUUGUGAAUCCUGAAAUAUCGUAAGUCGAAUAUUUUAAAUAUUACAUGAGAACGACAAGGAUAUUCACGGUUGACAACUAUUAUAAUGUUUUUCACAAUAUUUCGAAAGAGUUGUACAGAAUCCAUUUCUACUUGCUCUAUAAUACAGUAUUCAGUAUUC